AUCGCCUUGAGUCCCACUUCUUCGGCCCCUCUCUCCCAGAGAUUGGCCAUGCCUGGGAGAAGGAGUUCCCCUCCCCGCUGGGGAGGGCACCUGGGGUGCCUUCCUUCGGCCCCAGCCUGCCGGAUCUGGGAGUCCCAGUCCCGCCCAGUCUGGGAACCAACCCGGCGGUCGCCACUGCUAUGCCGUGACAUGGCUUUGCAGAACGCCCUGUACACUGGAGACCUGGCGAGGUUGCAGGAGCUGUUUCCCCCACACAGCACAGCCGACCUGUUGCUGGAGUCCCGGGCCGCCGAGCCUCGCUGGAGCAGCCACCAGAGGGAUUCCAGCACUGGCCUGGCCCCGGAUUCCAUCUUUGAUACCAGCGACCCAGAGCGAUGGAGGGAUUUCCGCUACAACAUCCGCGCUCUGAGACUCUGGUCUCUGACAUACGAAGAGGAGCUGACCACGCCGCUGCACGUGGCUGCCAGCCGGGGCCACACGGAAGUCCUGCGGCUGCUGCUGAGGCGGCGGGCACGGCCUGACAGCGCCCCCGGGGGCCGCACCGCCCUGCACGAAGCCUGUGCUGCAAGCCAUGCCGCCUGUGUCCACGUGCUGCUGGUGGCAGGAGCGGACCCCAACAUCCCCGACCAGGAUGGAAAGCUCCCCCUGCACCUCUGCCAGGGGGCUGGCACCCUUGAGUGUGCCGAACUGCUCCUGAGGUUUGGGGCCAAAGUGGAUGGUCGGUCUGAGGAGGACGAGGAGACCCCUUUGCAUGUGGCCGCCCGGCUGGGCCACGUGGAGCUGGCAGACCUGCUUCUGAGACGGGGGGCGUGCCCUAAUGCCCGUAAUGCUGAAGGCUGGACCCCGCUGCUGGCUGCCUGCGACGUCCGCUGCGCGUCCCCCGACAACUCGGAGGCCACCACCGCCCGCUGCCUCCAGCUGUGCCGUCUGCUGCUUUCAGCUGGAGCCGAGGCUGAUGCCGCGGACCAGGACAAGCAGCGGCCUCUGCACCUGGCCUGUCGCCGUGGCCACGCCGCCGUCGUGGAGCUGCUCCUUUCCUGUGGCGUCAGCGCUAACGCCAUGGACUAUGGGGGACACACGGCCCUGCACUGUGCUCUGCAGGGCCCAGCUGCAGCCCUGGCCCAGAGCCCAGAGCACACGGUGCGAGCUCUGCUCAACCACGGUGCCGUCCGCGUCUGGCCGGGGGCCCUCCCCAAGGUGCUGGAGCGCUGGUGCGAGUCUCCGAGGACCAUUGAGGUCCUGAUGAACACCUACAGUACCAUGCAGCUUCCUGAGGAGGCCAUGGGCCUGGUGCCUCUUGAAACACUGCAGAAGCACCACCGUUUCUAUUCCUCCCUUUUCGCCUUGGUGAGACAGCCCAGAUCCCUGCAGCAUCUCAGCCGCUGUGUGCUCCGUGCUCACCUGGCAGCCCACCUGCCCCAAGCCCUGCCCCGCCUUCCCCUGCCAUCCCGCCUGCUCCGCUACCUGCAGCUGGAUUUUGAGGACGUGCUCUACUAGAUGUCCCCUGCCUUUGGGGAGACCUGAAAGCAGAUGCCCCAGGGGGGUCCAGUCUG